CCAUGUUAUGUUUACUCUACAUAGACACACGUCUCCAGCUAUUCCUGAUACUGACAGCGAUACAAAUUAUUACAGCAUAAGAUAAGUUCAACGAAGGCGGUUUCACCAGAAAGGUAGGCUUUCAAGGAUGGGAACAUGCUGUAGUACAGCCGGUGUGGAACAAAAUUACCUGCAUAUCCCUAUGUCGUCAGGGGUCCAAGGAAAGGACAGCGGAGCGGUGACGGAUCUGGAGACGCUGUUCAAGUCCUGGGCUUGGGAAAACUACAUGAGAAGUGCAACAGGGAAGAAACUCAAAUUUCGAGAAGCUCAGAUACAGCUUGUCUGGGAUCAUGUCAAGUUCAAGUCGGAGAAGCCGGUGUAUACACAGAUUGACACCCCCACCCCCGGGGCCAGCCAGGGCGUUCCCAACACCGAGACCCAGGCAGUCUUCACAUCAAGGUACCAGAACGACACAGGAGUGUCACAGACGCAUGCCUUCAGAGCCGAGAAGACUACAAGUGCUACUAUAACAACAGCCGUAACUAAAGGGUUCGCAAAGGAAGGCAGCUUCGGUCUAGAGUUGUCUCUGCCUGCUGACGUCGCCAAGGCAACGAUUGGUUUUGGUCUCAACUACACCGUGGAAACUGCCGAGGAGAAUACCAUCGAAAAGUCCAUGACGUGGUCCACAGACACAACGGUGACGUCAGAACCGAACUCGGUCACUCUGGCAGAGCUUGAGAUUGAGGAACAAACCUCGAACUGGACAUUCGAGGUCAAGGUCAUGAUCAAAGGACGGAUAACUGCAAUUAUCAAGGGUACCAAGGGUAUAACAUCUGUUGCCAUGACGAUUGAUGGGGAUGUCGCAACUAUACUUGCAGAUCGACGAGAACGAGCUGCAACAUCUUUGCCCACAAAUGUUGAAAUAAAACAUGGCAAGGUCACGUGGCCUGUGAUGGGGAAAUGUGACUUCCGGUUUGGCGUGUCCCAGAAAGUGAAAGUCUCGCCUGGAAAACAAAUAGAUAAAAAAGAGAAAUGAUUUUCAGAAACUGAAUAGAUUGAAACCGUCACACAAGUGUGUAAUACUAUGAAGUUUAUAGAGUGAUACUGUCACAUCAUUGACUGUAGCUAGUAAUGGGCUAUAGUAGCUUUAGACAAACUUAUAACCAAACAAAAUCAACAUUUUACAUAAUGAUAUGUGCUAGUUAUGUUACUUGCCUUCAAUGUCAAUGACAGGUGACCGUAAUUACCUGUAAUAAUAUAUAUUUUCAAUAUAAAAUUUGAACAAUUAGAAUAGAACGCUUAUACUGUCCAAUAACAUGUUUAUGUUUCAUGUGGUUGUAUUUUUUCGUCGGAAAGAUGUACAAUAAGCAAAAAUAAGAAAACGAUUUUUGUAGUGAUGUAUGACUAAUUUCCCUGGAAGCGCCUUCCGAACGUUCGCAUGUUGUUUACAUGUCUUAUUAUUCAUAAAUUAGGUUAUUAAUACAUGUCGCAUAUGCUUUUGUAACGCUGAAGUAAUUAUCAAAUCGGCUUUUUUUAUUUAUUGUCAUCAAUGUCAUUUAAAUGUAAGUAGAUGAGCAAUAAAAUAUCGGGUACACGUA